CCGAAGGAUUGAUUCACCAUGAUGAAGUCAGCCCUAAGGACCGUGAUUCUGCUCCUGGCGAUCGCGCGCCUCGGCGCAGCUCGAGCUCGCGGUGCCGAGGAGACACAGGUGGACACCCACGAGGGCUCGACGGUUAUUCUCCAAUGCCGUUUCGCACCCCCACGUGAAAAUGCCACCUUCUUCUGGCUGACGCACACGAACAACAUGCACGACAACGCUGCGAUCGAGCAGACGGCCCUCGCGCCCUACUACCGGGUCUUUAUGCGCCCGGAGGAGGGCCGCUACGACCUCGAGAUCCGCAACGUGUCGUACGAGCGCGAUAACGGCAAGUACGAGUGUCGCGUGAAGGUGAGCGGCACCGGUGAGAACCUCUACCACAAGAACAUCACGCUGACGGUGCUGAGGGCGCCCGGACCACCCAGCAUCUCGCCCGCUGCCGCUAUCGCCAAGGAGGACGAGCGACUCGAGCUUCAGUGUAAUACGAACGGCGGUAGUCCCGAACCCGAGGUCAGAUGGUACCGCGGCAACUCGCCCAAUGUCGUCCACACGGGGCGCAAUUACGUGCUCAUACCGAGCAAAGAGGACGACCGCUCGAUCCUCAAGUGCGUAGUACGUAACAGGGCGAUGAAAGCCGGCGAGACGCUGACGGCGAGCGUCACCCUCGACGUCCACUAUUUCCCGCGCGUCUCCGUCGGCACGGAGAAUCCCCUAAGGGUCGAGGUCAACAGUAUGGCCACCCUCAAGUGUAACGUCGACUCGAAGCCGGCGGUGGGUACCGUCAGGUGGCUCAAGGACAACAGCUUUGUCGCUACGAGUUUCCACCAUAUAAUACCAAAAGUGACCCUCCUCGACGCGGGCAAGUAUACCUGCCAAGCCGACAACGGCCUCAGCAAGAAGGGCGAGAGCUUUUUGUACCUCGACGUCCUCUAUCCGCCGAGCGUCUCCAUCGAGGGCGACAGGAUAAGGACUGCCGAGGUCGAGGACAGCAUCACGGUACACUGUAACGUCUCCUCAAAUCCACCGCCUACGAAGAUCGAGUGGCUCCGAGAAGGACGACCAGAGUUCCGCGUCGAGGGUUCGAUCCUGCGCCUGAUGCGCGUCACCGCCGAGCACGCGGGCAACUACACCUGCCGUGCCAUAAACUCGAUCCAUCCGUCCGGAGGCGAGCGCAAGAAUCACUCGGCGAGCGCCAAGGUCGAGAUCCGGGUCCGCCAUAAGCCAGGGCCCGCGCGCAUCACCCCCGACUCCCCGGUCGCAAUCGAGAACUCCAAGGUCAUCCUCACGUGCGUCGCCAAUCCGCCGGGAUACCCGGAGCCCCAGUUCCAGUGGUCGCGCGAGGGCGACACCGGCAUCUCGCCCACCGAGCACUUUGGCUCCAAGUACGAAAUCAAUUCUGUUCACCUGGGCAGCGAGGGCACCUACAGGUGCCACGCCUUCAACGAGAUUGGCAAUGGCGAGGCAGCCUCCGUCAACCUCACCGUCCACCAAUCGCCAAAGAUCCUCACCAAGCUCCAACCCCACGUCACCAGGAAGGUCGGUGAAUCCUCCUUCCAAGUGUCGUGCGUCGCGCAAGGCAAGCCACGUCCAUCGGUGCGCUGGCUCAAGGACGAUCGCGAACUAACGGCCGACCAGAGCCUCUACAAGGUGACGACGAGCUCCUCCGAAGGCCACGGCCGCGUCGUCACCGUCAACUCCACCCUGAGCUUCCUCGGUAACGCGCGCCCCGAGACGGACAAGAUCGUAGCCAACGACCGUGGAAAGUACACCUGCGUCUUCGACAACGAGGUGAAGAAGGUCGAGUCUCAGAUGAUGCUCAAGGUCGAGCACUCGCCAAUCGUACUCAACCUCUACGACAAGGUGGCCAACAAUCUGCGCGAGACGGCCAAUGUCACGUGCAAGGUGCAGGCCUGGCCCAAGCCCGAGUUCCAGUGGAGCUUCGGCACGAAUACGGCGCCACUUCAAGGCUCCUCGAGCGACGGCCACUACGAGAUCUCGACUUCAAGCGACAACUACGACGUCUACACCUCCGUCCUCAAGAUCACCAACAUCCGCGAUUCCGACUACGGUGACUACAGUUGUCGCGCGGCAAACGCCCAGGGCAGCAUCACGUCUAUGAUCAAGCUCCAGCCUAAGGGCGCGCCCGAACGCCCGACCAGCGUCCGGGCGAUGGACGUCGGUCCGACGCACGUCGCCCUCGUCUGGGACCUCGGCUUCGACGGCGGCCUCCCCAUCACCAAGUACUUCGUAUCUUACAGGCGGGUUGCCGGCGGCGACGAGGUCAUCGCCGCGGACUGCGCACCCCCGCGCGGACCGACCGGACAGUGGCAAGAGAUCGAUUGCAGACGCUCCAAUCCUUGCAACGUAUCCGACCUCGAGCAGCAUCAGACCUACACUUUCAAGGUGAAGGUCUACAACACGAACAACCAUUCGGAUUACUCGGACGAAGUGACGGCAACGACGGCGGUCGCCAAGAUCCCGACGCCCUUGCGCGUCAGUUACGACCCCGAGAGCGGGACCCUGGCGAUAAAUGUCGGGGCUACCUGUCUCGCUCUCGUCGCCUCCAUCGAGAAGUCGGACUCGGGCUCGGACAACACCUGGAGGAUCGUCGACGACUGGCCGCUCGAAGUCCUUGGUGGCGCCAGCACCCAGAGGGAGGGUGUCCUUGACGAUCCAGCAGCCUCGAGCUCGGAGCCCAGGAUCCGCGUGAGGCUCUGCCUUAAGGCGGAUCGACAGAGAUGCGGCGAUUACAUCGAAGCCGAGAUUGGCCCCUCUUACAUACCGCAAGCAGGUGCGCUCGCAACUCCAACGUUAAUAGCCCUGGUAGUGAGCGGAGCCGUGUUCCUAUUGUUUGCCGCACUGUUGCUUCUGUUUUGCCGCUGCCGCCGGAAACACGCGGCCAAGGCAAAGGACUACGAGAUGGGCUCCAAUGCAGUUCGACCGAGUCUGGUGACGAGCAACGGACAGCAGACCCAGGCACCGCCGCCCUACUACGCCGAGAACAAGGCCCUGGAGCACAGUUUGGAUCACGCGCUCGCCCUCGAGGACUCCAAGACACCGGCGUACGCGCAACCAGGCUACGGCUACCACCAGCCCAAUCACAACAUCAACGGCGAGAAUGCAGGCGUGAACAUGGGCUACAUGGAGAACAGCUACUCCAACUCGAACAACGGCGGCUCCGUGAACUCGCAAGACUCGAUCUGGCAGAUGAAGUCAGCCGCAGCGGCCAACGGCGUCGGAGUCAACACCGGUAACGUCGGCGUGGUCGGCGCCCCCUACGACAUGGGCGGUUACGCCACCACCGAGUCCGAUUACCCGGCCCACCCGCAUUACCUGCCGCAGCGGGAAGAUUACAGGGAGAGCCACAAUCUGAGUCGGCAGCAAUUCUGCGAGCCAUUCGCCACGGUUGUCAAGUCGCAGAAGCAUGUCGAUUCACCGUACGAUGUGUCGGGUCUGCCCUACCAGGAGACCUACGACGAGGAUGCGAAACCGCCGCAGCAGGUGAGCCUCUCGUACGACGAGUCGCUCGAGUCCGGCUACUCGACCCCCAACAGUCGGGGGCGUCGCAUAAUUCGCGAAAUAAUAGUCUGAGACCAGCCCACCGGCUCGCGAGCCGGCAAAUCGCGCACUACCUGGCUCUAGCAGCAGGCCCCCUCGCACCACCUGCCCAAGUCGCAGCAGCACCAGCAGCAGCAGCA